UGGGGCGUUUGUGGCGAAUUGGAUUUUUGCCGAUAAAUACUUUUCUGGACGUUUUUUGUCAUCGAAGAGGAGUUCAGAAGUCGUACACGCUAUUUUUCUCCUAGUGAGAUCAGUCUGCGUGCUGCCGAAAUUUUACAACCAUGAUUAUCUCGCUCUUGUUGCUACAUAGGGCUUUAUGUUUAGUGUUUCACUGUGUCAAGUUUAGCUGGAUAAAUUUAUGUUGUGCCAAAUAUGAGUCUGAUUCACCUUUGAACUACAACAGUUUUUAAACAAGGGAAGAUGAUGAUUCAGGCAGUGAGACUGUCAGCUUAGGCUGUUAAUUGUUAUGCUCUAAUAAUACCCAGCAAUUUUGGCUCGGAACAGCAUAUUAAGGACAAGUCAAAGAACCCCAUGCGGGAUCUUCGGAUCCUUAAGCUAUGCCUGAACAUCUGUGUUGGUGAAUCGGGUGACAAGCUGACCCGCGCUGCCAAGGUGCUGGAGCAGCUGACCGGCCAGUCGCCGGUGUUCUCCAAGGCGCGCUACACCGUGCGCAGCUUCGGCAUCCGCCGUAACGAGAAGAUCGCCGUCCACUGCACCGUGCGCGGACCCAAGGCCGAGGAGAUCCUCGAGCAGGGCCUCAAGGUGUGCGAGUACGAGCUGCGCAAGGGCAACUUCUCAGACACUGGCAACUUCGGCUUUGGCAUCAAGGAGCACAUCGACCUGGGCAUCAAGUACGACCCCAGCAUCGGUAUCUACGGCCUCGACUUCUACGUCGUGCUGGGUCGGCCUGGGUUCAACAUCUCGACCCGCCGGCGCCGGAAGAGCCGCGUCGGCAUUCAGCACCGGGUGACCAAGGAGGACUCGAUGAAGUGGUUCCAGCAGAAAUACGAUGGAAUCAUCCUCCCCACCAAGAAGUGAUCACCCGAUGUAGUGCGAUGACCAACAACAAAAAAAAAAAUACACCAAAAAAAGGAA